AUGGGUGUCCCAACCGCAGCAGCGGCAGUGCUAGAUGCGCUGGGGAUGGCAUUAGGAGGGCUGGGCCUCUUAUUCUUGGUGCUGUGCGCUGGAACAGACUGCUGGAGGGAAGACGCCAAAGAUCCCCACUCGUCCGUGGGCCUGAGCUCCCGGUGCCGCGGGCUCUGGAGCGAGUGCGUGUUUGACAACGUGGCCAGCCUCCGGACGUGCGAUAUCCCCACCUCCUAUCUCAGCGAGCACCCUGCCGUCCUGGUGACCACUCGUGCGCUGGUGAUUGUGACCGGCGUCCUGUGCGUUGGGGCGAUGCCCUCCCUCGUCGUAGGAAUGAGAUGCACUCACCUGAUGAGGAGCAACGCCCAUCACAAAUACAAGUUCACCCUUGCUGCGGGGACCCUCUUCCUUCUCGGAGGCCUGUCGGGCGCAGCAGCUGUUCUCUGGUACGCAGUGGACACCGUGCAGAAGUACAGGCUGGAGGUCAGUUUUGGGAUCCCUGGGGUGACCUAUGAACUGGGCUAUUCCUACUGGAUGGCGGUGGCCAGCGCCCUCUGCACCUGCGCCGCAGGGAUCCUGCUGCUUGUUGCCAACUGCCCCAGGACCCAGACACCGAGGAGGAAGCCCCCACGUGUCCCGCUGCCCCCCGACUUCCAGACAAGAGGCACUUACUUGUGA